GAUAAACAUGGCGAGAAAUGAGUUGGCAGAGAAGAAUAUUAUUGGUGAAGAUUUCAUCCGUAAUUCAUUACGUUCCUAAGACAAGAUGAUGUUUUGGAUGGGAGAUAGCUACUGAAGAAACAACAUCAUCAUGUUCAAAAUAGAGUCAUAUAUUGCACCCUUGUUGAUGGGGUAUGUGGACAAGUAUGUCAAACUCAGCCAGGAGGAUUUCCAGGUUAGUUUGUGGGGAGGAGAUGUGGUUCUCAACAACCUUGACCUCCGACUAGAUGUCCUCCAAGAUGUCCUACAACUGCCUGUCAUGUUCAAGAGUGGACACAUACAUGAGCUCAGAAUACAUGUUCCUUGGACGAAGCUUGGAUCUGAGCCAGUUGUCAUAACAGUCAACACAAUAGAGUGUAUUCUCAAGGUCAGGGAUACUGCUUAUGGGGAUUCCAACAGUGCCAAGUCAGGAGAAUCUCAAAGGAAGGCAUCACAGCAGGCUCGAGCAAGAAUAAAACCCAAACGACCAGACCCUACAGACGAACUACCACCAGGCUACCUCCAAAGCUUGAUGAAUAGGAUAGUAAACAAUGUAAAUAUAAUCAUGAACAAUCUCAUAAUCAAGUUUGUGGAGGAUGACAUUGUUCUAUCUGUAAAUGUCAAAUCUGCUGAAUGUUACGGAGCCGACAUGAAUUGGGACAGAGCGUUCGUUGACCUCACUGUAUCUGAUCUCGUUCUACGAAAAGUGAUUAACUUUUGUGAUCUAACAGUAUGUCUGGACAAAACAAACACCAGUGGACGUAUUGAGACAUACCAGGAACCGAUCUUAUACCGGUGUUCCGUCUCUUGCCGACUCCAUAUGACUUACGAUGGUAUUAAUGCCAAGCUGCCAAGAGUGACAAGAUUCAAUCUGAGCUGUGAGAAGCUGCACCUGUCCAUCUCGGACACCCAGCUGCCCAUGUUCCUGAGACUGCUGGAGCUUUGCAUUGCACUGUAUUACGGCACAGUAGACUUUGAUGUGGAGAAAGAGGAGCAGGAACAGGAGCCGGACCAGCAGGAGGUAGCCAGGAGCAGUCCCAACAACUCAGAAACAACCCCUGAGUCUGAAGGGAGUCUGUCGGAUACUGAUGAUGGGUGGAUGAAUUGGGCAUGGUCCUUUGUGCCUCAGAUACUCCCCACAGAUGAAGAGCAGGAAUAUGAUGAGAACAGACCCAGGGGGAAGCCCUCUCCCCCACUGUUGUCAAUAGGAUUCUACGUGCAUCAGGCCUCCGUCACAUUUAAGUUAACGGAGAAGGUGAAGGAGUCUUCUAGCCAGUACGCCUCCACAGGGAGAAUCAACUACCAUCCUUUCCUGUAUCUGGACUCCGAGGGCCUCUCUUCUGAUAUUCUGAUGCAUGGGAUCACCUUCUUCGAUGCGCAGUGUGGUGUCACUACGCCGGUAUCCUCCACGGGCAUGUGCAUCUGUGGGGCCAAGGACGAGGGUGAUCCGAGGAGCAUGGUGCUGCUACAGGCAGGAGAGUCACUGAACAACAAGACUGUGGUGAACUACAUCAGUCAGUCCCUGUUUGACCCCAAGUCAGCCGAGAACCAGGGUCAGGCUGCGGAGUUUGUCAGCGAUGGAGAGAAACACAUGGAGCGAUACACGGAGCAGUUUGGUCUGCAGAAGUAUGGAGCAUUCUGGUUUGACUAUCUGUACUUCAUGACAGACAUGGAGCCCAAGCACUCAGCAGGAAGUAAGUCAUCUGUGACAGAGGAUGGACAUGAGGCUCUGUUCUUCCACGAGACAUCCAUCAUGAAGAUUCUGAUUGGUCCAUGUCACCUGAAUGUCAGCUCGACCUUGUAUCACCGCGUGGAGAAGUUCCUGCACUGUGCCUGGGAUCAUCAGUAUCAGCCCUAUACAUCGAAAAGUCGAGAAGAAAUACCUGAUGAAGAUCGUCCUGAAGCCACGGAGGAACAGAUCAAAGCAAUGGAGGAUUUCAUACCCACUCGCACCAUGCACGUGAUAUUGAUACAGCCGUCCAUGACGCUGCUGGCAGCUGAGCAUGCUCAGUGUGAUGUUUCCAGGAAGAGCUACCGUCCAGCACAGAAGAAGGGAAAGCCCACUCUCGAUGUAGAGAGCUCUUGCCUGGAGGAGUGGGAGGAGGAAGCCAUGGAUGAGGAUGGGGGUCGGGAGCGGCUGGGAGAAGCUAGCUUCUCGCUUGGAUCGUCCCUGAGGCAGUUGCGCAAACGCAUCGCAGCUGUACUACCUCACAUGGUUGUCACCUCGGACGACCCCGACCCCGCGGAGUUCCGGCUUCCCGGUGAAGCUUUCGCUCCGUGUUGGGUUGCCGAUACCCGGCUACGUAUUUUACCUUCGCUUAUCAGUGAAGUAAUAAUCAACCCACUCCUGUCAGGUAGUCGGUCACGGUUCAAUCUCCCCGAGCUAAACCGGCGCCACUUGAUGGGAGAGGAAAUGUUGUUUGAUCCCCCGGUGGUGGACGAGUGUAUCUAUGCCUCAAUCGCCCUAGGGGGAUCAUCCGGCCACAGCCAAGCCUCGGUUCGUCAGGGUCAACACUUGCCGCCUUUCUCCUCUGGUAACCAGGUGCUGCUGUACCGCAACGCAGUACAGCAGCUUCGGGUUACGGUUCACUCAGCCUACCUCUCUGCCCUGCAGAGGCAGCUGGUGGACCAGGAGGGCGUGGAUGAUGCCGUGUCGUCACUGGCACGGCAACUUACGGAGCCAGAUGAUGAGUGCGAUUAUGGCUGUCGGUCGCCCUCCAAGCCCUUACUUGAACAACCCCUCACCUCUCGGGCCCGGCCUUCCGUCCUUGCUGCUGCAUAUCCUUCCACUUCGGGGAAGGAGGCGCCUAAGUGGACUGCUCCACUUCAGGCACGCAAGGGCAAGAGCAAGGGUAAUGGCAAGGGCAAGGCUGCUUCCGCUCAGCAGCCUUUCAGAGGAAGGGGAAGUCGGCCAGUUGUGGAGAAGGCGGAUAUACUCCGUGCCGAGGUCCAGUCGUUGCUGGACAAGGCAUCCAUCGAAAUGGUUCCGGUGGGCCAGGAAAACCUGGGGUUUUACUCCACUUAUUUCCUGGUCACCAAAAAGGACGGAGGGUUCAGACCCAUUCUCAAUGUCAAGGGUGUGAACGAUUUAAUAGAGGAUCUGGUUUUCUUGGGGGCGAGAUUCGAGACAAAACAGGGCAUAGUCUCUCUGUCUCGGGACCACAUUCCCAAAGUCCAGGGGAUUGUGUUUCAAUUCCUCCAGUACCCCAGGGCCUCAGCUCGAACUUGGCUUCAGUUGCUAGGCAACAUGGCGGCGACAGUGGACAUAGUUUGGCGUGCGCGCCUGAGGAUGCGACCUGUUCAGCAAGCGCUAUCGCAGCUGUGGUCUCACUCAGAGAGUUACAAGAAGAUUCUGGUAACUCCGGAGUGGCUCAUUCCUCACUUAUGGUGGUGGACCGUCACCGGGAAUCUAUCCAAGGGUUUACCGUUGGAAACCCCGGUGCCGACGCUCACAAUUCAGACGGAUGCUUCCCUCACAGGCUGGGGGUGUGUCCUGGGCGACCUCACAGCUUUAGGCCUUUGGUCCGUGAACGAGGCGACCCUGCACAUCAAUGUGCUGGAAUUGAGAGUGGUCCGGUUGGUGUUCGAACGCUUCCUGGAUCAGGUUCGAAACCUCACGGUUCGUCUAGAGAUGGACAACCAAACGGCGAUGUCCUAUAUCCUGAAGCAGGGCGGUACGGUGUCUCCGUCACUCCUUCAGGAGGCGUUGCAGUUUCUGCUAUGGUGCGAUCAGUUCAGCAUACGGGUUAUGCCUGUUUAUCUCCCAGGGACUGUAGUCGAGGUGUUGGAGUUUUUACAGUCUCGGUUAGAGUCCGGCUUAGCUGCAUCUACUAUCCAAGGCUACUCCACGGCUAUUUCAGCCUUCCACAUUCCCAUUGAGGGUGCUCUCUUAGGGCAACACCCUCUGGUGCAGCGCUUCCUAGCAGGCGUGGACAGACUGCGUCCGGUCGUCCGUCGGUCCAGUCCCACAUGGGACUUGUCUCUCAUGGUAGCAGAGUACCUUCAGCAUCUUCGAACCUCCAGAAAACUCAAAGGUUCUACGCUAUCUACUUACCCGUCGGCCUCGGGUGUGAAGGUGUCCACUGUCCCUGAGCUCCAGCCUCUCCUCAGGUCUUAUAAACUUGCUGACCAAUCCCGGAAGUUCCCGCCUCCAGCUUGGGAUCUUUCCAUUGUGCUUGCUCAUCUCUUGUCAGCUGAUUAUGAACCUCUGGAGGAGAAAGAUUUCAAACAUGUCUCCUUUAAGACCUUCUUUCUCCUGGCCUUGGCCACUGCUGCCCGUUUCUCUACGCUGAACGUCUCCCCUCCGGUGGAUGAUGAUAUUACGUUGUUGGGAACCAAACAGAAUGCCUACGCGCCAUUCCUGGUUGAGGAUCGUGAGCUCUUGCAUUUGGAUAGUGUCAUAAGGAGGAUUAUGGCACCACUCGACAUGGUGUUGACGACAACUGAGGCGGUGGCUAUGACCAACACCUAUCUGCCGUUGACGGAGUGGAUGUGCGAGAUGCCACAGCUCUCCAUCAACCUCACCAAAGCCAGCAUGCUGCUGAUGGUCAAGAUCACAUCAUCAUGGUUGCAGAAAGAUCCACAGCCUGGACAGUUUACAGAAGACAGUCUCCUCAAUGACAUGUUUCCAGAGUCAGACCAGGAAAGGACCCCAUCCCAGCCAGUCUUGGAGAUGGUAGUGAGUGGAUGUGAGAUGAAGUGUUGUUCCACGGCAAUCGUAGACGCCUACACUGGUAGUGUCACAUCCGCACAGUUCGUGCUGUACUUGAAAGAUCCAGUAAGCAAGUCCAACAGAGUUGCCCCCAUCUUCACAGGGCCAGCUGACACAGGGAGUCUCCAUGUGAAGACCUUCUUCACUCAGGAAGCGUGUCACAAGGAUGUGCUGGGGGACUGCCUCAACUUCACAGUACAGCUGCCCAAAAAGAGGAAUGUGUCUGAAGCUCCUGCUGUGAUUUUGUUGAACAUGGAGGGUUGUGUGGCGUGCAUGGACCCUGCUCUUCUUGACUGGCUGAUGUACGCCCCCAGGUCUCGCCACUCCCUGGCGGCAUCUCGCAGGGAAGACAGCAUCACUGUAGACCUAGCUCUGGCCCAGGCGGCCUCUCCGCUACAAGCCAGUUUGUCUCAAGUUUCAGUACAUUCCAGUAGCUCACUGACCAACCCCACAGGUUCACGACCUUUCACCCAGUCCCAGACACAAACAGCCUCCCAGCUUCUGUCCCCCAGAGAGACAGACCGAGGUUACUGCUGGGGGGAGAGGGGCACCAAGACCCCAGGGCAUCGCGCGAAAAUGGCGGAGUUGUUCCCCUUGAUCAAGAUGCUACACAUUCAGGUUGAGAUUAGAAGCAGCUGUAUAUUUCUCCCUGAUGUUUCCAUGGCGAUGUUGGAGCCAAGCAUGGACAUUCCAGUCAACUUUCACUCUGCAUUCCAAGAUGGCAGCGUCCCCAGCACUCUGGUCGUGUGUCUCCCCUCCAUGGUUAUCAACAGCUCCGGUGCCAAGCCUAUGUCUGUCGUGCAGGACAUCCCCAUCACUACACUGGAUGGCUCACUCAUAGGAGACAAGUUGCCAUGGUCUGUGAAGCUGGAGAAACUAACAGUGUAUUCCCUUCACAAGGAGAAGACAACGCUGUCUCUCUUCAAGCCUCUCAAUGUAGCAUCGACUGUGGCAGUGACAUGCAAGUAUACACCUCCAACAUCAGACAACAUUACAGCCCUUGGUCUCUGUCUCCAUAUUGACAUGCAGCCCCCAACAAUUGCUGUCUCCAAUAUACAGACACAGCUGUGUAUGGUGGUGAUACAGAAGGCACUGAUGCUGGUCAGGAAAGGGACAUCACUCUGCUUCAACCUGUGGAAGAUGCUCCAGCCCCAGAAAGAUGUACCCAUUGCUCAACCAAUCUCCAGCUCUCCUGACAAGAAGGUGGCCAGUACAUUGUCAUGUGACAAUGAUGUUGUGAUAACUGACCAAUCAGAAGACAUCUCACGAGAUGAGAGCAGCCCAGUGCGUGAGGUUGUGGGAGAGGACUUGAGUAGCAAGCCAGGUGUGAAGUUAUCACUGUGGACCCAGCUCCUGGUGCCCAGAUUUGACGUGAAGCUUUAUGGAAAGGAGAAAUUGUCAGCAUCAGAGACCUGUCUGACAGUUGUGGCUGAAGAUGUUGCGACCUCCAUCGACAUCCAGCAGGUAUAUUCCAAGGUCAAGGCUACAAUGGGGUCAUUCAACAUAAAUCAUCUACAGAAAAGACAAGAUAGGCCAUGGGAGAAGGGUGCAUGUGAAGGCAUUCUGAUGUCCUGUCGGGGUGAGCUUCCCCGUGAUACCCUGAUUGUCAGUAACAAGCUGUGGACGUCUGACAGCCAGCCUGUUGUCCCACUGUUCCCGUCGUCUGAAGGCAUGCAGAGGGAGCAGACCAGUGGCUUCCUCACGUUCACGUUCACCAGAGCUUUGUGUAAGAAUGUUUCCAAGAAGAUGAAGAAGACAAACAUUGAACUGUCGGAUUUGACAGAAAAUGAAACCGAAUCCUCAUUUGAUGAGCUAUAUUUUCAUGAAUAUAUAUCAGAAGUUUGUUUGAAGACGGAUCCAUGUGAUAUUGUGUUGUAUCUACCAGUUUUUGACACUUUGGUUGACAUAUUUGAUUUUGGAAACCCAAGUCCAGAUAUUGCACUGACGAAAUCAGCAAGCCAGAGGCUGGUAUAUACUCACAGCCACCACAAGAAGAAUCAGUCUCCACCCUUUUUCUCAGCUGGUUGCCUCCCUUUGAUUUAUGCAAAUAUUGGCAGUGUCAGGGUCAUCCUGCCUGACCCCGAUGGAAGCCAUCUUGAAAUGGGAAGGGAUCAGAAAGGAAGUGACAAAUGGAAUGAUGACACAGCCAAAAGUAAAUCUGGAGAUGAUUCAGAAAAAUUCAAGCAUUUCAAAACUACUCUUGACCAUGAUAUGAUUGUUGCUCAACUACAUUCCAUCACGGUGCAACCAAGGGCAGACAACCCACUUCCCCGGGAACCAGUGGAGAAGGACUUGUAUCAUCGAGCUCGCCACACUGGCAUUGCACAGUACCCUGGGAGUGCUGUGGAGGACAGACAGUACCAGGCAGAUUUAAAGGGAUUCUCUCUGUGCACAGGAUGCUGGGGCGACCUUGUCCGAGAGUCGAGACGCGUUGAGAAAUACAAGCCUCCAAUCAGUCCCGGAGUACAGAUACCUGCCCUGGAGUGGAACACGUUCCUGGCGCUGCAGCAAAGAAAGGAAGAGAUCCGUCUGAUUCCCAUGGCUUCAGGCUUUGACUUGUGUCUCGUCAUGGCACCAGCCAUUGUCUAUGGCAGGAGAGAGCCUGCGGAAAACAUGAAAAAGUAUGUCCUUGUGUGUGGGUAUGCUGCUGAGAUGAAUGUCACCAGUGACCUUGACCUUUAUCUCAGUACCAACCAAAUACACUUUAUGUCAGAGUUUGCAAGAAAGAGUAUGACACACCUCUCUGGCAAAUCAGAAAAAAUCACAUCAGCAAAAUCCAGUGGUAGUGGGAGGUCAAGGUCAUCAGGACGUGCCCAAGAGCACCAUGGGAUUGAUAGUGGUGUUGAAAGUGACAUCUCAACUGUGACAGCUGAUAAACCAAGACAGGUCAAAUCAGCAUCGUCCUCAAAGGUCGUGACCCCAGUUGACCUUGGUCUUGGGUCAAAGGUCAUGCCGUUCCACAUUCUUCUGACAGCUGGGCGAAUUUCAUGUACCGUGUAUACCCAUAAUACUUUGAGAGAAGACAGUCUGCAUGCAGCAAAUAAAGAUGAAAAACAUAAAAAGGUUGUUCACAAGUCAAAGUCUGCGUCAACACUGAAAGGGGAUAACCUGGAACACUUAACAAGCAACAUCCCGUCACCAGAUAGUGAUGAGUCGUAUCUGCAGCAGUACGACACAUGCUCAGACUUUGAGUUUAUGCACAUUAGCAAUGAUAGUGAUCUGGCCAAGAAAGUGGUGCCACCUGGAACUGUCUGCAUGAAACCAUUCCUCUACCUGUACUUCGCUCAACCUCACACGAUCCUCUCAUGUCAGACAUCCAGUCAGAGGUUUGAGAUGUCCUGUUAUGACAUCAUCGUGAAGGGACCAUCCAGCCAAUCAAUCAUUCCAGUUGAAGACCACCGUCUGCUGCCUGACUGUUCUGACUUCAGCAGUUACUGGAUUGAGACAAGGGCGGGACAACCACACCCCAAGACAGGUAUCCCCCCUAGUCUCUACACCCUGCAGAUCACCAACUUCCUGCAGCAACCAGCAUGUGUAACCUUGAAGCUAGAGCGUCCUAUCAAAGUCAACCUGAGUCUGAAUAAGGUAGAGCAAAUCCUGGACUUUGUAGGGGAGAUAACCACAUCUUCAUCUACAGCCAGUCAGAACAGGGAGUCGUCAACUGCAGACGUGGUGAUGGAGGAGACAUCAUCACAGUCGAGUCCAGGUAUAUUCUCCAGUCUGGAUCACUUGGAGUUUAUGACAGAUCAAAUAGUGGUUGCCUUAGAGACGGUUCCUGAAGAUCAUUCUCCAGGAUUCAUGGUAUCCUCCUCCUCACUCCGAGUCAUCACCGAGUUCCAACAGGCCAAACAUGGUGUGUCAGACUCUCUCGGCUGUGAGUUGUUCCUCAAGGACCUCCUCAUGAAGACAGUCCUGGACAAGAAGACACGUGCACUUCUAGGUCCCGCAUCAGUCAACCUGGAUCUGUCUCUAGUCUGGGCAGAGCACAGUGGGACCCCAUCCAUCCCGCAGAUCAUCUUCGCUGCAGAGACGGGGAUCCUGCCGAUAUACGUGGGCCAGGAUCAAGUGGUCUGUCUGCAGCUCCUGACAGAGCAGGUCAACAAGUUCCUCCAGAAUCGAUUUCCCAGCAAAGAAAAGCAAUCUAGUUCUACUCCAGAAAGUAGUGGUGGUGCAGGUGAUGUGACUGUAGCAUCAGGGAUGUCACACUUCAUCCACAACACGACCACGGAUGACCUCAGGACUGCUGGCUUUGAGUACAUCGUUGAUCAUGAUGGGUCUGGCCUGAAAGCAAAUCCCGGUGAAAUUGUCUUCUGCAGCAGUAACAGCACCGAGGAUGGCAACAGCACAAUGACCUGGACGUACUACCAGCCAAGGGUCCUCUCUCAUGUCAGUGUGAUGCCUGUGCCCUUCGGCCUGUCAUCAGACAACAGACCAGACAGGGUUCCAUGUCUCCUCCAGUACUAUGACAAGGCCUCCCAGCAGUACCUGGGACACAUAGACUUCUCUCUGACCGAGAACCAGAGCUUCACCCUGCCACUACCAGAGGUCAAGGUCAACAACAGCCAGGAACUGAUAGUGGCUCAGACCUGGAGAGUUAUCAUCUACCGUGAUGAUGAUGACGAGGAGGAUGAUGUGGAGGAAGGGGAGAGAGAGCCGUCACCUGUCAAGGAAGACAACUCUGAGAGAGAUAUCAUGGUUCUCCCUGCAUCCCUUGCAGCAUGUAUGUCUGUAGACUCCUGCUUUGUCCCAAGCCUCAUUCCUGUCUUCCAGGGAUGUGUAUCCAUGGCAACCAUUCAGCUACACUUCAUCAAUCACCUUCAGUAUUUAGGAAAGGGAGUCCCUACCAAGCUACCUGUCAAGGAAGACAACUCUGAGAGAGAUAUCAUGGUUCUCCCUGCAUCCCUUGCAGCAUGUAUGUCUGUAGACUCCUGCUUUGUCCCAAGCCUCAUUCCUGUCUUCCAGGGAUGUGUAUCCAUGGCAACCAUUCAGCUACACUUCAUCAAUCACCUUCAGUAUUUAGGAAAGGGAGUCCCUACCAAGCUGUCUCCUUACACCAUGAUGUCUGCUCAAUCCGAGGAGCAUGAGUUUGCCAUACUCACCAUAGAUGACCUCUCUGCCUCUUUCUCACAUCUGCUAGGUCACACGAGCAGGUCCGAGGUUCAGGUGUCUACCACAGUGAGGCUGGAGGUGUUGGAGCAUCGCAACCUGACGAUGGACAUCGUGCUGCAGCACACUAUGAUGGACGGCUACCUGGUGGUGCUUCACAGAGAGAAGCCACCGAUUAUGGAGUGUAACUGCAAGACUGGCCCAGCAGUGGUGAGGGUGGGGAGCGGGGCAGUGCACACUCUCACUACAUCUCUACAGGCAUGGAGUAUGCUGAAUGGCGAAACUGGUUCAAAAAAGGCACAGGCUGUGUUUAGUCACAUUGUUGUAUGCAAUGAUACACAGCAGACGGUCAGAUUCGGCCAGGUUGGUACAGAUGAGAACCUGGCUCUGGCUUCUCGGGAGAUGCAUUGCUACAGCUGGAGGUCGCACAAGACCAAACAGCUGCUCCACGUGUGUAUGGACCAGCCCAGCUGGAAGUGGUGCGACCCCUUUGACAUCAACACCGAUACAAGCGUGAUCCGAGCAUUACGGGCCAAGGACCAGAGUUACACUGUCAUCAUUAAGAUCAAGCAGCUCACCAACACCCAGAAACAGAUCAUCAUCAGUGGUCAGCUUGUCAUGUCCAGUCGACUCUCUCAGCACAUGGAGGUCAGUCUGAUGACCUCAGGGGGAGACAACUCUGUGAAGGAGGCACAUGUAUCCUCGGUGCCCGGUCACACAGCGCCGUCAUUCAUCGUGGAGCAGGAGAAGGUUGUGGGGGUGAAGUUCCGGGUGCUGGGUCUGAAGACAACGUGGUCACAGGAAGUACAUGUCAAUGGGGACAGGAUGAAGGAGAAUGGACUGGUCAAGAUCCCCCUCCCAGACAAGUCUACCUACAUCCAUGUCUGGUGCCGAAUCUUCUGUCAGCACUUCAAAACACAAGUACAGACUCUGGAUGCUAAAUUGAUAAUGACUGCAACCAAACGCAUGGUGCUGUUGACCCCCCUGUACAUCCUGCGCUCCCACCUGCCCCGCCCCCUGUACGUGGACAUGGACACGCCCAGACUGAAACAGAAGCAGCAGCUGCAGGUGUCGGGACAGGCCUAUGAAUAUCAGCUGCAUUGUGUUGGAGGGGACAUCACCCACAACCUGGCCUUCAGACUGGCUCCGACCCUCCCCAAGUCCAGUCCCCCUCUAGUGCUGUCCACAGGCCUCAUUGACCAGGUGGAGCACCACACACCGGGCAGAGUGGACAUAGACCAGCUGUGUUACGACCAGCCCACUGACCCCUCUCUCACCUGGCCGUACUGCUUCCCCGACAUGGAUAGUCUAGAGUCAUUUGGCAGCUUUCCUCCCACAAAGACGUCCUGCUUGUCUGAGGCUGAGACCGAUGUCCAGCAGCCGAGUGUGGACCUGAGUAUCCGCCUGUCGGAGUACAUGCCGGGCUGCAGCACCCUCCUGGUGGACAUCACACCCUGGUGCCUCAUCACCAACCUCAGUGGCAUCACGCUCGUCCUCCUCAACACCACGGGCAAUCUGUCUGACAUCCCACACGGCAAGACCUACACACCACCGUCCUUCCAGGACAAUGAGUUCCAUAUUGGCCUGUAUCACAAGGGUAAGGUGUUGACCACUCCAGCCAUCCCUAUAUCGGAGGACGAAGUUGCCAACAAGAGGUACAGCCCUGACCUUGGUCGUGUUCUGUUUGUGGAUGGCUAUGUCCAUACGACCAUCAGGAUCCCUGGAGACAACCCCCAGGCCAUGUUCCUAACUGUUGUCUCUGAGAUGAAGCAGGACAUGAGAAUAGUAACAAUCAGAGAGAGGUUCACGAUCACCAACUUGACGUCUGCUCAGUUUGAGCUGCGUCUGCUGGCUGUGCCACUGGGUCAUUCCAAGGUCAACUGGAGGAAUAAGAGUUAUUCUCAGUCUCCAGAACUCGUUCCAUCACACAAACAUGUAGAAAAGACCGAAGAAAAUGUUUGCUCUCUUUUGACAUGGAGUUUGAUUCUGCCUGAAAAAGAAGAAAUUGAAGACUCAGGGUUUGUUCACUAUCUUGCAAUAAGAGAAACGGCAGAUUCUUCAGAAAUGGAAAGUUCAAGAUGGUCUCUACCUUUGAGACUUGCUUCAAACAAAGAUGGGGCUAGGUUGUGUGUUUCUGUGCCAAAUUGCAAACCAGAUGAGGCUUGUACGAAACCUUAUUGUGUCACUGCCAAAAUUCAUGAUGGAGUUACAUACCUUGUUAUGGCAAAGGACUGUGGACCAAUGUGUGUCAUCACCAACAACUGUUCCUUUCCAAUCCUCUUUGGUCAGGCUCUGAUGAACAUUACACUCUCAGGAACUGUGGUCCAAGAGGAGGCAGAGCUACUGGAUGACCUCCCAACCCUUGACCCUGGCAGCUCCACCCACUACACAAUGCCUUAUGUUAACAACCAAUACCCUGCAGCAGAUGCCAUCACAUAUCCCAGAAUGCAUUUCUGUGCUAACUUGACUCAGGAUGACGGUUCUUUCAAACGGAGUAAUUGGAGCAAUGGAGUGGAUGUUAUGUCAAACAAUGACACUUUCGUCAAACUUCCGGAUGUAGCCGACAUCAAAGUCCAGUCGAGGAAGAUUGCUACAGUAACACACAUCACAAUCGAACCAAUCAGUAAGGCUGAGAUAUCAGCAAAGGAGAUCCGGAGUCGGUUGAAAGGUGCGGAAACAAAAACUAAAGUGGUUGAAGUGACGCCAGAAAGCACUGAAACUGUGUCUUCUGGUGUAGAUGUAUCAAAGACUGAAAGUAAAGUUGUAAGGACGAAAGACAAAUCAGGAUCUGUUUAUGUUGCUGGUGUGUUCAUAGAGCAUGUAUCCUUUGUAAUGAUGGAUGAGACCACAUCGACAGAGACAGUGUCAGAAGUGUUGAGGCUGUGUUGUGACAGUGUCUAUGCUGCCCAUUUCCCAGUCAGCACAUCGGCAGACAGCACUGAGGCCAAGUCCUGCAUCUCACUGUCUGUGGGGACAAUACAGCUGGACAACCAGUACGGCCAGGGUCAGUACGACUUCCCGGUGCUCCUGGUCAAGCAGAAAACCGAGGAGAUGAACAUGCCAGACCUUGAGAAGAUGACAGUGACAGAGAAACAUGCUGUCCUCCGAUUGUCCAGCUUCCUCCAUGCUCAGCUUGUUCUGACAGCUGAUGAUGCUGGUAACACCGUAACGGAAUCUGUGGAACUGUCUCUAUCGCCCCUCUCUCUGUACAUAGAUGACACCUUCAUUUACAAGCUGCUCAGGGAAGUAGAAGGGUUCAUUCCUAAUAUUUUACACUGUGAUAGAAACAAGCCAAUCAAGGUGAAACGUUUGCCCAAAUGUGUUGAAUCAGCUGCUGUGGCUCUGAGUGAACCUGUGAGGGUUCAUUAUUUGUGUAUUCAUCCCAUCAGUAUGUUGUUGAGUGUCCAUGCUUCAAUGAAGUUAUUCCUGGCAUCGGAUCAUACCCCACUGUCGUUUGGGAAGUUUGAGAGGAAAAACUUGUACACUAGUUGUCAUCAGUUGACCAGAGCGCUAGCCAUGCACUAUGCUUCUGGAGCGAUCUUCAGAGCAGGUAUUGUUGUUGGGUCACUUGAGAUCCUGGGAAACCCGACCGGACUGGUGCGGAGUAUUGGGACAGGAGUAGCGGACAUGUUCCGCCUGCCAUACACAGGUCUCACACGGGGACCAGGGGCCUUCAUUGGAGGAAUCUCGGGAGGAAUGUCGUCCCUGUUGAGGAAUGUUUCAGCUGGAAUGAUCACAUCAGUGACCAACUCCGCGUCCAGUGUUUCAAGGAACAUGGACCGUCUAUCUCUUGAUGAAGGCCACUUACAGCGGCAGGAAGAGAACAGACGGAAUCGUCCUGUUGGUGUGUCAGAUGGCCUGAAACAAGGACUUACAGGCUUCGGGAUUAGCUUGCUGGGUGCUGUGGCAGGUCUAGCAGACCAGCCCAUCCAGAGCCUCAUCAGCCGUUCCCAGAGUGAGCGGCCAACAUCAACAUCAGCUACAGCAACAGGGCUGGUGGCCGGGAUGGGGAAGGGGCUGGUGGGCAUCGUCACUAAGCCUAUUGGAGGAGCUGCAGAGUUUGUCUCUCAGACUGGACAAGGUAUCCUCCAUGGGACUGGCCUUGGUAAUCUGCCUGACAGACGGCUUCCUCCAACACCUCAACCCUGCAGUGAGGCCAAGAAUGGAGUGUACAAGUACACACAGAAGAUCUUCAGUUCCCUACCAACCACAGAUAUGCUGCUUGCUGUCGAUGGCCUUCACCUUGACCUCACUGGGCUGGAAGUGGAGGUGACCCUGCUGUUAACGCCUGAAAUAUUGUUUGUUGUGAGCUCAGAGGAAGAUGCACAACAGCAGGCAUUUGCUGUGGGUGAGCUGGAGAUGACGGAGUGCCCUUCUGAUGAUACACUCAUCACCAUUGUCUGGAAUGACAAUUAUUACAAGACUACAGUUGAGUCUGAGGCAUCUAACAAGGACAGGGUUGCAGCCUUCAUUGAUUCAGCACCAACACUUGCUCAGCCAGUCAGUGAGGAUGUGUCUGUCUCAGACAGCCAAUCAGAAUCCAUGUCUCCAGGUGGCACCCAUAUUUUAGUGCCCCAGUAUCAGUUCCGCUUUGCACCAAACUAUAGGGAGCUCUUCUUCACCAUGUUUCAGCAGGCCAAGAACAAUAUUCAGGGACGGGGGUUCUCAGUGUGAAUUGGAGGACAAGAACAUUUUCAGGGACUUCGGGUUUCAGUGUGAAUUAGAUGUCCAAAAACAUCUCCGGGGACAUCGGGUUUCAGUGUGGAUUAGAUGUCCAAAAACAUCUUCGGGGACAUCGGAUUUCAGUGUGAAUUGGGAGGCCAAGAACGUCUCUGGGGCAAAGGUUUUCAGUGUGAAAUAGAGGGCCAAGAACAUCAUUGGGGCAAGGUAUUUACUGUGAAUUGGUUGGCCAAAAACAUCUUCAGGGGCAAGAGUUUUCAGAGUAAACUGGAUGGCCAAGAACAUCUCCAGGGGCAAGAGUUUUCGUUGUGAAUUGUACGGCAAAGAACAUCUUCUUUUUGGAUCACUAUGUAACCAAAACUUUACAGACUGUCAAAGUACCUGGAAUGCGAACAGUUUUGUGGAAUGCUGUGGAGCAAUUCCUUCUGUUGUGAUGUUGUACAUAAUGAUUAUAAAUCCACAGCGUAAGUGGAAACAGUGGUGAUGAGCUGCAAUAUGUGGUGUUCUGUGAUUCAGCUGUGUGUACCGGUAAUUGAAUAGAAAAAGGAAAUUGUCACGUUAGUAAUGAAUCCACAUGUGCAAGCGCAAGAUUGUAUUUUUAAUGUAUAUAAGAUUGAGCCUGGCAGAAUAUAGACACUGAUGGUUCUGUGUGAGUGGUGUAUGAACACAUAUCCUGCCUGUGUACAGGUGUAAAUAAUGGCAGAGGUCGCUGUGACAGCGCCAGUGCUAAGGUAUUAGAAUGACAGUAUUAGAAGAAUACAGUGCAUGCAUGGUACCAAGACUUCAUAUUGUACAUCACUCACAUACACAGGAACGCUGUUAGUCGUACAGUUAAACCAUCCACAUAUUUUGUUGGUAAAUGAAUUUUGGGUUCAGAUAAUAUGCUUUGUAUGUAUGUAGAGCUUCCUGACAAUCCAGAAAGGGGGGUUUCUGGAUUAGCAAGGUGUCUGUUUCUUGUAUUGUAAAGAUAAUAUUAAUUACCACUCCAGUUCUUCAUGGUCAGAGUCAACUAAAUAUUGACUUUCUCUUUUGUCCAAAGAUAGAAAUAUACCAGUUUGUGAUAGAAAUAUAACAUUGUUGAUACUGGUUACAAUAUUAAUAUCUUUUGAUGUUAAUGAUGAUGAUGACAAUGAUGAUGAUGAUGAUGGUGAUGAUGAUGAAGAAGUAUAAAAUAGUGAUAAUUAUGAUGGUAAUGAUGAUAGAAGUGAGUUUCAUGAACAAUUUGUACAAAGUGUGUGAAUGUUGUUCAAACAACAGUGUAUAUGAAGCCAAUUGUGAAAUACAAGCAUUCCAUACCAUCCAUUUCCAACAUGCACCAUAUUUUUCAGUGAAAGGAAUGUUAUGUUUAUCACAACUAACAGUGUGUUUUUUAUUUUGCCUGCUGUUGAAUGGUUAAGUGUAAGAUACACAUUUUGAAACAUACUUCCUGACAGUUUGUUUGCGUAUGUGUUAUUUUCAAUUUUAUGCAAUGUGAGUCACAGUGAGGACUGAUUUUCAGGCAUUACUGUUAUUGCUUCUGAAUGAUUACCAUGGUAACACUUGGACGGAGUUUCAGGUAACCCAUUAUCACACUUGUAAAGGUCAUCUGAUGAAGACUGAGUGGUCCUCUGCCUGAUUGUGUCAUAGUGAUGAAGGUUAAUGCUCAUGCUAUUGACCACAGGUUUCUCUGGCCCCUUUCAAACUACAAGCUGGCUUGAUUCAGCUUGAUUCACUCACUCUCACAGGGAAAUAAAGAAGACAAAGGGAUGCACAUUUUGUUUAGUGGCUGCUGCUAAGGUGUUGAUGUUUUUAUUGCAAUCUUAAAUGUUUUGUCAAUGGUUUACCAAGUUAUUUGCUUUCUAUGCAAUCAAAUUUGUUAGUAUCUUUUGUAGCUCCAUCCUAUGUUCAAUACACAAUCUGUAUUUGUGGGUCACACUUGCUGGCACAGUGGCUGUCCUAAGUUUGAUGAUCCUGUCUUACUGGGGACUGAAUCAGCUGUUGACAUUUACCUCACAGCUGUCUCACUAUAGAUGUAGGAUAAUGUUUUCCUCCAGUUCUGUAGCCCUGUUGUGUCAGGUAACUGAUGGAGGUUACUUCAAUUGCUGUGGGAUGAAGUACAUGUAUUCCCAUUAAGUGAUCCGUGGCUGCACUUUUUGGGAAUAUUUUAAUCAGAUACAAAUGGGAGAAAUAUGUUUUAUAAUGACAUGUAUAAGGGGGACCUUUUUCAUGAAACACUUUCUGAAUUUGUGCAAGAUUAUUUUUUCAUUUUUCAAUUUUCUUACAAGAUGAAUGGUGAGAAUUAUAUUUUUUUCUUAAUUAGUAGUUUUCCUGCUCCUGUCUACAAUGUGCUGAAAGUUCUGUGCAUUUUCUUAAGAAAUGAUAAAAGGAUUUAGAUAUUUUUUAUCUCUUCACAUAUGAGAAUACAAAGGACAUAUGUUGUUGUUUUUUACUUUUUUAUCAUUCAUAGUUCACCAAAUGUGACAAUAGCUUUUCACAAGGGGUCAUACAUAUUCAGUAUAAUAUCUGUCAUGAUCUUAAUGUGGUAAGGAUAGAUUUUUUAAAUUAAUAUGGUGACAUUUCAUGUUUAAAGUAUCAUAUGUGACUCAUCUUCAUCAUUGGUUUUAAUUUCUUCUCCUUCAAAAGCAAUCUCAUUAAAAUAUGAUAUUUUAUUCUGAUUUGUUACCAUUCUGAAAAUCUAAUGGCUCCUCCAUAUAAGGUAGUGCCUGGAGGAGGUUUCUAGAUCUCUUCUUGUCUUUAUUUGCCAAAUUUGAUUAUAAUGAGUAAAAUUAACUCAAAUUAGUAUUCCUAAUUGAAGUGUUCAGUUUAACUUUGUUUACAAGAUACAGAAGUCAGCAUGGCCAAAUAUAUUCAUAGAAAUGUUGUAAGAUAUUAGAAACCUAAAUGUAGAUAGGCUGAUUAGAAGUUCACCUGCAAUGUCUCAUCAGCAUGAAGAAAGGUAUUAUUUCUGAGUAAUUAAAAUGUGAAUUUAAUGAGAUUGCAAGACUAGUUUUGUGUUAACAUAGAGAAAAGAUUACCUCUGAAACUUGUUACAAUCUUUCUUGGAUCCCCAGGUUUGAAUAUUUUUGCUAUUGUUACAGUAGAAUUGCUUAGUAGUCACAUCAAUUAUAUGCAUCAUGGCUCAUCUGUCUCAUACACUUGUGUGUUAAAUUCUAUAACUGUUUUAGUGAAAAUUCCCGCAAUUCAUCACAUCCCAUAUAGCCUAAGUAAUAGUUCUUGGCACUGGGAGCAAGUAAGCCGUUAACACAAGCAAACUUACAUUUCAUUGUUCUGUCAAAACACUAGAAAAUAGGGAAUUUCAUGAAAAUAAUGCUUAGAAAAUGUUAAUAGCUUUUGCUGUUUUGUAAUCAGAGGAUUUGUUGUUAUAUAGUAUUAUUUAUUAUGAUGUAAACAAAAUAUCCACCCUAGAUAAUUUAAGUCAGCUUAUUGCAUGUUCUUUUACUAAUGGCUUUAUUUAGAUGCCUUAGUUUACUCAGAAAAGUUUAAUAUAAUUUAGGUAUGAUUUUUUGUAACUGAUGAACAUGAUUUUACUGGAGUACACUUCACAAAUGGUGUAUUUUUAAUUUAAUUUAAACCUAUUUAUUUCAUAAUGACAUGGACUGGCAAACAAGCCACAGGUUUAUUUAAAUGCACUCCAGUACGAGGACAUGAGAAUAUAUUGCAUGACAUAUCAAGUAUAUACAGAGUAUAUUACUACCAGUUAAGCAAUAAUAUACUCAUAGAAACUUUGUGUUCCUGUAUUUAUUUCCAGAAUUUCACUCACAGUGCAAUACAUACCUUGUGAAGAAACCUGGAAAAGAAUAAAGGAACACUUGUACUUUCACAUGUUCCCUUAUUCGUUUCCAUGACUAUAUGAGCGUUAGAUACAAGCAGAUAGUAACAGUAUAAGAUCAGAUUGGUCAAUUAAAUCUCCCAGAUUCUAAGACAAAUUUUGAUUUAUAAUAAUUAAUGAAUAAUUUAAGAAAUAAGCAGAGCCUUUAAGAAUAAUUAUGAAACCUAUCAGAUUACAUGUUUACAUGCAUUGGACUUAUAGAUCACUUUUGUAAUGGCUAGGUUAAGUGUAUUGAACAGGUUGAAGUUUGCAAGAAGCAUUAUUCUAAUACCGGUUAUUGAAAACAAGUAAUCUUUGACCGAAGUUGAUCUUCCUAUCAGAUAUAAGUAUUGAGUAGGGACAUACUUGGUUUUGGAUUUAAUUGGAAUAAUUUUUCUUUUUUCACUCAUCUGACUAUUCUUAUGUCAGACACCCAAAACCUGUAAGUGUAAGAACAGGGAAAGGACAUGUUGUCCGUGACUGGAACAUGUCUGAUAAGUUUCAAAUCAAUAUUUCAGAGUUUUCCAUUAUUUUAAAAUUUACAUUUGAAGGGCGUAUCUCGUCCAAUCUGGGACACAAACGAAGCAUGAGAAAAUCUGUUGCCAUUAACACAAAAGACCUAAUUCUCAAGUUAAUCUUUAACUAAACUCGACAGUGACAUUUCCUUCUUGGAGCCACUUUUUUACACUGGGUGGUUUUCAUUAUUUUGUGCUAACCAAUUAGCUUUUGCAGGUCUAAAUAUAAUGAAAUUUGAUUAUCCAAGUGUUUUAGUAGCUCUGGGUACUGAUCCACAAAGUGUUUGUAUAAAGUUACGACCAGUCGUAAUUCUAUACCUUAUCAUAGGCUUACGAAUGGCAUAGUGUUAUGAACAUUUUGUUGAUCUGGCCCAAGGAAAAUGGGGGAAGUUGAUUCAUUAUCUGUGUGUCUCAUUGUCAUUUUUUCUGUGCUUGGUUGAAUAUCUAAACAGUAUUUUUUGAGUCACCUUAUGACCAUGUGACUUAAUGUUGGACUGUGACCUUCCUCAUUAUUGCCAGUACAAGAAACCAUUCCAAGUUGUAUUCUGAAGUAACAUUACCCGUAAUGGUUGACUGUUAACAGAUUAGUGUGUAGAAACUUCCUGAAAAUUGAGCAAUGGCAUUUGAGCAAUCCUUAAACUUGGUCAGGUAAACUAAUAUGAUAUUUCAAUCACUGGAUUGUCCUGCCCAUCCUUGAUUAUUUACAGACCACUAUCUUAUAUUGAAUGCAGUUUUAAACCAACCAACCAAACUGAAUUAUUGUUAAUAUGUUAUUAAUGAAACGUACAUGUCUUGUGAAGGAUCAAGACAUAUAUGGUCUAGAAUUGCUCUAUGUGAUAGGUUAUUCUUUGCAGCAGGCCAACAAAAACUGCAGAGAAAUGGUUUUAACUCACAAAUAUAAGCCAGGAAUGAGUUGUAUGACUAGUUCUGGUGGGUCCCAGUGUGACCGCCAUGUCUAUAAGUACAGUACCCUGUGAGCUGUUUUAGUCAGCAGAUAUGUGUGAGUUGUGAUAUAGAGCAACUGUAAACAGUAAUUCUUUCAACUCUCUGAUACUGUGUGGUUUCUGGGACAGUGGGUGUUUGGCAUUUUAGAAAAAGUAUUUUCCAGGAUGUUUAUAUUUGCAGUUUUAUUUUUGUUUAAGGUGAUAGAAACUUUGUGGAUGUAUGUCUACUCUUGUUGAUUGUUACUGGUAAAUAAUUCCAUAUAAUGCCCAGGAAUGUUAAAGUUGGUGAAAUGUCAAACAGUAUCAUAUCGAGACAGGUUGUCGAGGGUCAAUUGAUAUAUUUUAUAUACUUCACUAUGAAAUGGUUUUCGCUUUAAUUAUUCAUUUCAGUUUUGUCAGUGAACCAAGUGUACUAUAUAUCACUGGAAAAUGAAUGUAAACUUUGGGAUAUUGCCUGUUAAACAGUUCAUUUAUCUAUUCAUGGAAUACCAUAAUUAUAAUGGGUUUAUUUCUUAUGGGUCUUGACUUGGUUAUUACCUGGAUGGGAUAUGAGACUUGAUCGGGCAAAUGUUGAAUAAACUUUAUACAAAGGUGA